CGGAGCCGUCCCGCACCGCUGUGCUCCGCUCCGAGAAGCGCCGCAACCCGCAGCGCAGCGCCCGCAUCCCGCCAAGUGGGACGGGCAGCGCCGGCAUGGAGACGUAGCCGGGAGCUGCCAAAGAAAGCGAAAGAUGAAGCCUCUUGUUCUCUUGGUUCUUGUGAUCUGUACUGUAGUCAGCAUGAAUCUGAAGCUCGUCUCGAAGAGAAAUUCUGUUGAUGGUUGCAUUGACUGGUCAGUGGAUCUCAAGACAUACAUGGCUUUGGCAGGUGAACCAGUCCGAGUGAAAUGUGCCCUUUUCUACAGCUAUAUCAGAACUAAUUAUAGCAUGGCCCAAAGCACAGGUCUUAGGCUUAUGUGGUACAAAAACAAAGGAGACUUAGAAGAACCCAUUAUAUUUUCUGAAGUUAGAAUGAGCAAGGAUGAAGAUUCAAUAUGGUUUCACUCGGUUGAUGUGCAAGACAGUGGUUUCUACACAUGCGUUCUAAGAAACUCAACGUAUUGCAUGAAGGUGUCCAUGUCCUUGACGGUAGCUGAGAACGAAUCUGGGCUGUGCUUCAACAGCAAGAUCAGAUAUCUGGAAAAAUCAGAAGUUACCAAAAGAAAGACAAUCUCCUGUCCUGAUAUUGAGGAUUACAAAACAGAUGGUCAAGAACCAGAUGUUGUAUGGUACAAGGAAUGUAAGCCAAAAAUGUGGAGAAGCGUUGUAAUUCAGAAGGGAAAUACACUUUUAAUACAAGAGGUGCAGGAGGAAGAUGGAGGAAAUUAUACCUGUGAACUGAAGUUUGAAGGCAAGCUUAUACGAAGAACGGUUGAACUGAAAGUUACCGCUUUACUCACAGACAAGCCUCCAAAGCCAUUGUUCCCCAUGGAGAACCAGCCAACUGUUAUAGAUGUCCAGCUGGGCAACCCGCUGACAGUGGCCUGCAAAGCUUUCUUUGGGUUCAGUGGUGAAUCUGGCCCCAUGAUCUACUGGAUGAAAGGGGAAAAAUUCAUAGAAGAAUUAGAAGGUCACAUUAGAGAAGGUGAAAUCAGACUCCUCAGAGAACAUCUUGGAGAAAAAGAAGUUGAGUUGACAUUGAUCUUUGAUGCUGUAGAAGAGGCAGAUCUGGCUAACUAUACAUGUCACGUGGAAAACAGAAAUGGACGGAAACACGCCAGCAUUCUUCUGCGCAAGAAAGAUUUGAUCUACAAAAUAGAGCUUGCUGGAGGACUGGGAGCCAUCCUUCUUCUGCUUAUUUUGCUUGUGACCAUCUAUAAGUGCUACAACAUAGAGUUAAUGCUGUUCUACAGACAGAACUUUGGAGGAGACGAAGCAGCAGACGAUAACAAGGAGUAUGAUGCGUAUCUUUCAUACACCAAAGUGGAUCCUGAUGCACUGGAUUGUGAUAAUAAUGAAGAGGAGCAGUUUGCACUAGAAAUUCUGCCAGAUGUUCUAGAAAAGCACUAUGGAUAUAAGCUCUUCAUUCCAGAUAGGGAUCUGAUCCCUAGUGGAAGCUGGAGGAAGUGACUAACUGCUGAGCAGGCAGGCAAGGCCUUGGUGAGAGAUGGCAGCCAGAGUCGAGGCAAUGCAGCCCCUGGGGAUCUGUACCCAAUUCCUCUGAAUAAGGAUUUUCCCACUAAUCUGAGCAGCUUAAAAGAUGGCACUUUCACCAAACAUUUGGCUUCUGGUCCAACAGCUUCUACUGAGGACAAAAAAAUACCUGCACUCUACAGGUCUUGUACCCAUGCUAGUUCUUAACUGGUGGUUUUAAUUUGCUGUCCAAAGAAGAAAACCAAGUGUCCCACCUGGAUUUCACAUCAAGAAAGUAUUUAGUACUUUUCAAGCCUAUCAAAAGGGCCCAGAGCUGCACCAAAGUUCACGGAAGUGACAGCGUAAUGGCCAGCACCUUCCUGAAUCCAGCUGCAAGCAGGUUCCAGCCUAAGUGAAAUUCAGGUGCCUCUCUGCUAAGCAGUGUCCUUGCAGUAGGUCUCAGCACCUGGCUCCAACCCACCCCUGGCACCUCCAGCGUCACAGCUGCAAAGUGAGGAGGGAUGACAGAAAAUGCUCUCAAAAGGUUAAAAAGAAAAAUGCAACAGAAAUGCUGGCCAAGUCAGGAUCAGGCUUGGAAACUCUCUCAUUCUCAGUUUGAGCUUGGACAUGUGGAAAAAAUAAUAGUCAUGAAAAGACUUGCAGGCCCUCCCAAUCUUGAUGAAGAAUAAACAAUGCAAAGGGACACAGCAAGGGGGGGGAGAGAAAAAAAGAAAAAAUAUAAAUGAUGAUUAUCCUUUCUGUAUUUGCAAUGUGGAAAUUAGGACAGGGUAGCAGAUAAUUUAAUGCCAGCAUAUGCACUGAAAAAGUGGAGGAGGCCUCAGGGGGGAUUAAAUAUGGCUGAAGAAACAGCAUCAGUAUGGGAGAGUCAUCAAAUGAGCCAAAAGGAGAGAAGCAAGUGGGAAUACAAGCAUGGGCCUCGGCUGCAUUGUUCACAGAAACACGACCAACACCAGCCCACAGAACACAGCAAAUGGGGUAAGGCAUGUGUGGGCAAGGAGAAUGAUUGAUCUCCACAGGGUAGCACAAGACAAGAGGACAAGAACAAAAGGGUUCAAUAUGACAGAGUUUAACUGCAAGUUAGUUAGGGUUUCUUCUGCUUUUAAAGAGAAAAAAUAAAAUAAAAUAAAAUAAAAUAAAAUAAAAUAUAAAAUAAAAUAAAAUAAAAUAAAAGCACCUACAGCUGGGGUGCUUUAGAACCAACAGAGCAGAAAGCUCUAGAGGAAGGGUGAUGGACCACAGCAGAGGGCAUUGCUGCACAAUGCUGCAGCUCCUCUUGCAAUGCAGCAAGUGGGCACACAGCAAAUGUUGGCAAUAGCCACAACUGCUUUCUAGUUGUCCUUGAGUUGUACAGGAACUCUCUCCACACCUCUUCUCUCUUCAAGCUGUGAGGAAAGGGUCCAUACAAAGGCUUUGUGGAAAAAGCAGAGCUUCAGUGCCAGCCACAGCUGGCUUUCCCUUUGUACAGGGUGCUGGCAGCUGUAUUCCUCUGCCUGACCAGAGCUUGGUGUGGGCCAUGAUGUGAGCCCUGGGGUGAUGCUUGUUCUGGAGGCUCUAGGACAGUACCUGUCUGUGUGAUGGGUACACACAGCCUGGGCCACAGGCAGGUGUGCUGAGGGGGCUUCAGCAGGAGCUGUGAGGCCUUGGGGAGCUUUGGGUUGAAGGCAAACUCACUGUCUGAAAUAUCCUCUGCAUUUGUGGGGAGGAUCUGCUACGGGCACUCCUCUUUUGGGGGGGAUGUUAGGGUGGGAGGUCUUCAGGUUAAGGCUGUGAUUAAACCUCAUGACAUACUGUACCCAGUGCCAUGAUGGGACAGGGCCCAUCAUGGGAAGCCACUGACAGAGGCAAGUUGGGCAGUCAGUGGGGUUUUCAGUCACAGUGAAGAUUCGGUGUUCACUGACUGCUAAUCCACAACUGCUCACAGAGCCGCACCAUGGUCACAGCUUGCUGCAUACCCUGUGCAGGAGUUACAACUACAUCUCAGCAUGAGGUAACAGUGUAGGGUAACUGCAUAAAAAGAAUGUCUAUGAAAGCUGCAGCAGGAGAUGUGCAGUGAUUUUAUUUAUGUUUAUCAUGCAAACCUAAACACUUCCUAUGCAAUUGCAUAGACUUGUGCGAGAUUUGUCCUAUAGGAAACUAAGGGGGCUGGUGAUGGGUAUUCCCUUGGGAUCUUACAAUGUGGUUUUCCAUCUUUCAAGAUAUUUCCAAUAAAAACACUUAUUUGGAGACUUGAUGAUAGGCUUUCAUAUUCAAAUACCAGAUGACUGUACCAGUGUCUCCCUUCUGUUAGAACAGACUCAUCCAUAGGAAAAAGGACAAGCAGGGCUGGCUCUGGGGUGGGACUUGGUGUUGCUGCUCUCUGGGAUGCGAUGCUGGCCACAUCAGUUGUGUCUACACAACCACACUGGGCAUAGGAAUGAGAAAAAUGGCUGCUUUUCCCAUACUCUCACUAGAUAAAGCAUAUGUAUUUGUGGGCCAUCUAUGACUUUGUGACCUGGAACUAGGCCUUUUGGAAAGCAAAAAUUAAAGGUGAAACUGUCAUUUUCCAAACUCAUAAGCAUCUGCCAGCAGAAAUGAGGCUGUUGUAACAAAGUGCCUGGCAUGGUUCUGGGAAGCUGCUGUCCAUGGCCCUGUCAGACCUCAGGUCCCAGAGAAGCAAGCUCAAUUUAGAACAGGGUUGGCACGCAAACUGCUCAGAGAAGGUAUGAGGGCUCAAGGACUUAAAGGUGCUUAAUUGCUUUAUGGAGCUAAACUCCAUAAAGAACUUAAGCUGCUGUGAAAAAGGAAGCGGGCUGAAAUCCCCAGCUCUCCUUGCUGGAAGCUUGGGAGCAGCCUGGGCAGUUGCUGGGAGCCACUGUCCUUGGGGAGCUCCAAGCACUCCUCUAGGAACUAGAGAAAGAAAUGGGAACCAACUGAUCUGUCCACAUAUACAGCCUCUGUUUCUGCUUUGGUUCUUUGCUUGGCUUCUGCUUCAACUCCUGGUUCUCAUCGUGCCUUUUGUAAUUGAAGUGCUCACCAUUUUCUCCUUGGGAGAAAAUAUCAAGUCACUGGGCUUUUAAUAAGCUUCAGCUCAAGAUGGGCACAGUAAGCUCUUUUAUCCUUGGUUGUGAAAUGUUUGAGCCACUUCCCUGCACUGAGUCCAAACCUGCAGCACCUUUCUCACAAUGCACAGAGUGGAACUGGAGCAAGAACCCAUCUCACCAAAGCCAAGUGGGAGCAUCUGACUUUUCUGCUCAUGCAGCCACAACACCCAGUACAGUGUGGUACCAAGGCAUUCACCACCAUUCACUGGGUGUUAAUGCACAAAGAUUGAUAGCAGAUGUGUAGAUGGGGCUGGCAGGGAUCUGCAGGAAAAUGCAUGGACUUAUUCAUGAGUUCAUGCUGGAAGAGGACACUGUUGCUCAAGGCUCAUAUGAGCUUCCCUAUCCAGCAGUCUCGCUCACACACAAAUACAAAAUUAGGCAACAUCCCAGAGACAGGAUUGCAUUUCCCUUGAGGAAAAUAAGAGGAUUUGAAGGGCUUCUGCACUGCACUGGGGCAUCCAAGCGUGUUUGCAGUGUUCAAAGUUGCCAAAGUACCAAGAUGAAAAGCAGCUUGGAACUAAAUGGAAAUUGGAGUGAGAAUAGAGAGACUUUCCUGGAGAUGUCUGGUGGGUCACAGAGGGUAGGUUCUAUUCCAAAGGGCUGGAGGAGGCCUCCUAAAGUACAGAUCCUCCUCUACUCUUUUUUUUUUUCUUCUUUCCUCUAAGAAAGGAGAAGUAGGGGCUUGGGAACUCCAGAUGCAUGGCUGGGCUUGAGCAAUGAGGUAAGCAUUUUUUUUUGCAGCUGAAGAUGUGCCUCACAAAAUUACCCAAUUUGACGCAUAAGUUAGGCUUGCAACAUGACAGAAGAACUCAAUUCGCUGAGGAUGCGCUCAGGCUGACAUGGGGAACCGAGAAGUGUAAAAACAUAGGACAAAGUUAAGGGUUUAGGGUUGUUUGUUUUUGUAAGUACAUGAAAGUCAGCUCUGCCUCAAGUUGGUGGAUUUUUCUUCCCUCUGGGGUGAAAGGGGGCAAACCAAAACCAAACAUCCCGCCCUGAAGCCCAAAGCCCCAUGUCCAUUUUUUCCCUAUUUUUAUUGCUUUGUGUAAUCUGACAGUUCCCUCCAACGAAGGGUGAUUCAGAGACGAGUUCCCUCUUAGCUAACCACCAAACUUCAGUGGCUUGGAUAAAAGGGAACCCCAAACUGAGUCAUCCGAGGUCAGCAUUUCCUUAGCCAAAUCAAAGUUGUGCCUACGAGAUGUUCUAAAUGUCAACAAGGCCUCUGUGUGUCAGUGAAGUUGCCACAUCUCAUCUUCUCUUCCCACAAAAGGAGUUGUGUGUACGCCACAUUGUAUUUUUACCGAUUAAGUUUAAUGUGGUAGUGAUUAAACUGUGCCAUGUCACUUU